UUUUCGAAACACAUUCCUUAAAGCUGACAAUAGUAAUUAAAACAUUUUAAAAUCACUAAAACUAAGACAUUUGUUUUGUUCAGGAAAAACCCUGUAUCUGACCACAUUAUGUACCUUUUUUUAGAGUUAUGCCACAUGUGCUUUGGGGAUACAUUUUGUUGGCUAUGUAAUGAUUUGCUUUGGUGCCACAACUUCCCUAUUCUCUAUACUUUUUGGGAAGCUGUCACAAUACAUUGGAAGAGAAGCAUUAUUUCAUUUGGUAAGGGGGGACAAUGUAAACACCAGACGAUACAUUUUAACAUAUCAACAAUCACUUUGAUGAUCCACUUCUACUUACGGUAUUAGUGUAACUCUCUUCCAGCUUCAGUGACACGCAGCCCUUAGCCUGGCUCUGUUGUUCUGGAGGCCUCACCCAGACCAGCUGCCUGUGUUAUUUGUGUUUCCUGCUCUCUGGGGCAAUGCAGAUGCUGUAUGGCAGACACAAAUCAAGGGUGAGUUACCCUUUUCCUGUAGUCAUGAUUGCCUAACCUUUAAUAAUGUGUGACCAACUAGGUAUUGAAUCCAGGUCACCCACAUGCCUCAAGACUGUUAGCCCUCUGAGCUAAAAAAAAAAAAAAAAAAAAAAAACUGUGCUGUGCAUUUAUUCUGGAAGCUAACAGUUUUCAGACAAGGUUACUGACCUGUCCAUAGUUCACUGAGCCACCGAUGUUAUAACUUUUACCGGCUGUUCAGAUGGAACAAAAAAUGUAAGCUUUCUUUCCAUUUUUCAGCAUUCUAUGGAGUUCUUUUUUAUGACCAGAAGGAGGUAGCAUUUGCUAACUAUCGACUAUGGGAGUCCGUGGGAUUUGUAGUGUUUUAUGCGCUCAGAAACUUCCUCUCUGGAAAUCAAGCUAUACAUCCUGGCUGGAGUUCUACUUGUGGCAGUUGUACUCUAUGGUGGGGUGGAAUUCAAAAGAGAAAAAAUUCUACAGAGGGGGAAAUUAAGUCCAAACCUUAGAGGGAUAUAACAUUGACCCGACCACAGAAACUACAAGACGUAGUAGAAGUCUACAAAUCUUGACUGUAUUAAAUAGACAAUGUGGAAUACAGCUCUCAUGUAAAUAGAUAUGUAUGCUGUGAAAAUUAUGAGAAAUAUACAUACAAUUUUUAGUAUGUCAAGUAUAGGUUAUAUGUAUAGCGGUCCCUUAUGUUGGUAGCGGGGUCAACAUGGUUCUUUUUACAUGGUUGAAAUAGUGUAUUACUGCCUAUUAACUGAUGUUACCCGCUACCAAAGUAUUUCGGUAUGAAUGUGGGUAGCAAAAACAACAACUUGAACUUCAUGUAUUCAGUAUUCACCAGUAAAAGUGGAAGUGGGAAAAACUUUUUUUCGGAAAAAAUCGUUGACUAUAUCUUCAAAUGUCGGCUAAUUGACUUCAAAUCGAAUUGAAGUCACAUCCAUUGUUACUGUAGGCUACAUUGAAUCAUGAAAAACUGACCUCCACCUGUCCUGCUCGAACCACAUGACUAGGCUACACUCUUUCGCGCGGCAGUGGGUUCACCUAGCAACACGGAUGACCGGCAGGCGUAGAGGUCUUAAUAACACUCGCAGAACUGAAGAAAACUCGGGACCGGGCGAGAGGUGCCUGUGUUUAAAAAGAAGAGAUCUCUCAUCAAGUGAAGGAUCAGACUGUUGCUUACCUGGUAUGGCCGCAGGGGUGUGUGGCCCCACACCCCUGGUGUUCCGGCUACACGAGGGAGCCCCAGAGCUGGUGAGAGAGGUGCUGCUGGAAAGAGGCUGGGAGGAGUAUGACGAGCAGGAGCAGGAGGAGGGAGACUGGAACCUCUACUGGCGCACCUCAGCCUUCCACAACUCAGACUAUGAGAACAUACUGCCAUGGCAGAGACUCAACCAUCACCCCAAGACUGUGGGCAUCACCCGCAAGGAUUGCCUGGCCAGAAACCUGAAGAGAAUGAGAGGGACGUUCGGCUCGGGUCUUUACAACUUCAGCCCGACAACUUUCAUCCUCCCCAAUGAUUACACCAGGUUUCUGGCAGAGUACACCAAGCAUCGUUUGAAGAAUGGAGGCAGGUCGUGGUAUUGGAUCUGCAAGCCAGUGGAUCUAUCAAGAGGCAGGGGCGUCUUUAUCUUUGAGGACAUCAGAGACUUGGUGUAUGACUCCUCAGUGAUCGUUCAGAGAUACAUCAGCAAUCCUCUCCUCAUCUCAGGGUACAAAUUUGACCUUCGGAUCUAUGUUUGUGUGAAAAGUUUUCAGCCCCUCACCAUCUACAUGCAUCAGGAGGGAUUGGUACGCUUUGCGACUGAGAAAUACAAUUUGACAUCUUUGGACAACCUUUAUUCUCACCUGACCAACACGAGCAUUAAUAAGUUUGGCCCCUUCUACACAACAGACAAAGAGAGAGUGGGACAAGGAUGUAAGUGGACUAUGAGUAAAUUCCGCUGCUUUCUUCAUAGCCAAGGUAUCAAUGAACUGUUCCUCUGGCAAAAGAUCAACAACAUUGUCACACUAACUUUGCUCACCAUAGCCCCAUCCGUACCUUCCAGUCCCAACAGUGUUGAGCUCUUUGGGUUUGACAUCCUAAUUGAUGCCAAAUUUAAGCCAUGGCUACUAGAGGUUAACUACAGCCCUGCUCUCACCAUCGACUGCCAAGUAGACGUGACAGUCAAGAAAGUACUUCUCAAUGAUCUGGUUGAUCUGAUGAACUACAAGUCCAUGGACAGCGUUAGACAGAGAGGAUAUCUCAAACAGAAGUACAAACGCCCCUGCUAUCUAGGCAGCCAGUCUCUGCAGUCCCCAAUGUUGCUCCCCAAGUCUAGGUGUGAGCACCACCCAGCAAACAAGAAAAGUCUCAGCAUCCAUUCUACGUUUUCUGACAGUAUGAGAUACUUUCCAUCAGUUGAGAUGAACCGGAUCCGCUCUGCAAGGAAUUCCAUAAGCAACACCAAGGGCUCGGUUCUGAAUCCAAUACUCGUCCCACAUUCAAAGACUGCAGCUGUAACUGGAAACAGAAAGACACAUCCAGUGCUCUCACAGAUGACAGAGGCCAUCCAGUGGUCUGAGGUUACAGACGUAGAGUCAGAGUUUGAUGACAGAAACCUGUCAACACUUGUUAUCCCAUGGCAGGCCUCAAGGCAACCAGUCGGGGGCUGCUGUAAGCUUCCUGCCAUUCACAUUCAAAAGUACAAGACUCCUAAAUUCCCAUGGGACCCUAAAAGCCAAGAUAAGAGCACCCCACCACUCCGUGUGGGAGACUUCAUACUGACGUUUCCUUUUAAUGAGGUCACACUGAAGGCGUCGUGGGACAAGCUCAACGUUAAGACUGCAGUCCACGAGGUUCACAAGCUCAUCAGCCAGCUAGCACCAGGUUGUAGCCACAAACAGAAGAGAGGGACGGAAGAUGAGUUGGAUAGAUGCAAAGAGAAAAAGGAUUUUGGGUCUUUGUUUUGGGGACCUACGAACCCUCCUCUACUUAGUGAGUGCCACUUGUCAAACUAACUGAGCAACUGAACAUUUUUGGAAUCAACCUUUUGUAAUAAUUUAUUAUUAGCAUAGCCUAAACAUUCAUGUGUAAAAACAUGAAAGUAUACAGUAUAAACACACAUUAUAUGGAAAAGCAACCUUGUAAUUUGUCCACAAUUUCAAAAUAACCUAUUUUGUAUCUAUACUGAACAAAAAUACAAACGCAACAUGCAACAUGCAACAAUUUCAAAGAUUUUACUGAGUUACAUACAUAUAAGGAAAUCAGUCAGUUUCAAUUAAUUCAUUAGGCCCUAAUCUAUGGAUUUCACAUGCCUGGGCAGGGGUCCCACCCACUGAAGAGCCAGUCGCCAAUCAGAAUGAGUUUUUCCCCACAAAAGGGCUUUAUUACAGACAGAAAUACUCCUCAGCAGGAAACCGGACCCAGGUCAGUAAGUUAUUAGCCCUAACCUACAUGUCAGUCUUGUUGUUUGAGAGGCAAGGGAUAUGUGGGGACCUCAUGAAUAAUCUGUCAUUCUGUGCAACAUAAGAAUCCUGCUGACACAAAUGAAGAGGUCAAGAAGGUUAUGACAUUGCCAUGCAAAAAUAAGAAAUAUAUUCCUUCAAGAGAGCAGUAUGGACAUUCAAAGAUCUCUACAAAAUAGUUUCAACACAAAUGUAUUGUAUUGAUUAGUAGUACUUAUUUAGUGUACAAUGAUUUAUGAAUAAUAAACAUACACAAUUUAAAAAUGUCUGUUUACACACAAGCACUUAGAAAAUGAUCAAAUAUGCCACAGGAAAAUAGCUACAGUCAAACACAAUGGAGCAUUGCUAAUUUGGUAUAAAGGCUUGAAAAACAUAAAACAUAUGUUCUUCAUUUCUUGUCUAUUAUGACAAUGCCAUCCUUGUCCUUAAUGCGUACUCUGCCCGAGGGGAACUUGGUCUCUUGCCUUCCAUUAGAAUACACCGUCUUCAAUGUUCCAUCAGGGUAUUCCCUCCGCUUGUACUGGGACGUAUGGAUCUCUCUUUGGCCAUUGUUGAACUCCACUGUUUUCUCCCCACUUCUACAGUUUCAGAACACACACACACACACACACACACACACACACACACAC